AUGUUAGCCCCAAGACAUGGCGGUUGGGGAUCAUGGCAACCAUCCUCUUGGGGUUUGACGUCAUGCUCAGGUGGUGUCAGAACCAGGCAAAGAUACUGUAACAACCCACCCCCUGCCCACGGGGGAAGGCCUUGCAGUGGAAUGGACACAGAAAAGAUGGACUGUAAUGAGUGUGAAUAUAACAAUGGGGGAUGUGCACACCUCUGCAUAAACCAUGACUCUACAGGCUACUCUUGCAAGUGUUACUCUGGUUUUAAGCCUGCGUGGUGGAACAGGGAUCUUUGUGUCCGUAAGUGUAUGAUUUGCUUUUAUUGUUGCUCUGUUUGGUAAUAAUUUUACCGGUCCAUUCAGUUGUAGCCCUAAUCUUUUCCCAUAAUUUUGUCCAUCUCGUCGUGUUUUGCAGCUUUUAAAAAAGUUAGGGCGGGGAAGGUUGCGUGACUCCCAUCCGAGCGGCUGCGAAGGAAACUAUCAAAUUUCAUGCCGUAACAAUGGGAUCACCGGAUCUGCACCACUUUUUCCUUGUGUUUGAGUAAGACAAGAAUGAACCGGAGGUCCAGCCAACAUUAACUCUAAUCCUUAUGGUAGUUUCUCUAUAACUGGUGUAAUACAAUCUUAUGGACUAACCACAGGCUGAGCUAUGUUCCUAUCUUUCUUAGCCCCAACGAUCAUGCAAAAACAUACCUGAAAAAGUGUAACAGACGUGUCCUCAUUCCAAAAUAUUCUGAAAAUAAUGCCACCCCCACCUCCCCCGGGUGAUACUGUAGAGAAAAUAGGGAUAUGUAAAAAAGGUAAAAAAAAUGACUGAACCAUAAUUGAAGUAUGCCUGAAAUAGAUAUUUGCCCUUUUUUGGUAGGAGUCACUUGUCCCACAAGUAGCUGGCCCGCUCCUAGCAAUGGACAGUUAUCAAACCAUUGUAGGGGUCAAUCUCAAGUUCAGUCUGGAACAACGUGUUCUGUGACGUGUAAUAACGGUUAUCAGCUAAAUGGACCUUCAUCCUCUCGUUGUGGUGAUGAUGGUAACUGGAGUCCACGAUCAUCGCCGAAUUGUCAAGGUAAAAAGAAGAUAUAAGUGUAAUCUUGGCGCCUUACGUUUCUGACUGUUUUUGUCAAUGAUAAAAAAUAUUCAAGAAAAUCUCGAUUUCAUUUCGUAACACAUUUCGUAACACAUUUGUCGUUUCAUGAACGUCGGUUCCCCUUCCUAGAACACAAAAUCAUCAAACAAUAAGAGAAUUUACCUUCCGUUUUUCAGUUCGUGUAUGCUCUCCUCAGCCUCUUCCUGACAAUGGUGAGAUCACUCCGGAAAUCUGCAAAACAAAGCCUUUACAUGGUCAAACCUGCUAUUACGAAUGUAGUCCAGGCUACACACGGACCGGGCCAUCUUCAUCCACAUGUGAUAACGGGCGCUGGACACAAAUUGGUUUUUACUGUCGAGGUAAGAAACUUCUUAAAACCCUGUCCACAAUGAUAAGCGUUUUUUUUAAAUGAAGAACGUCCGGUUUAUUUGUAAGCCUCGUGUACAUCACUUCUUAAAAUGUUGUAUAUUUUCUUCAUGAAAGACACACAGCCACCUUCAUUUGGAGAAACCUGCCCACCAGAGAGAAAUGUUGUUGCUGACGAGGGUAAAACCACGGCCACGGUGACCUGGGCACCGGUAACAGCUACAGAUAAUGAACAUGUGACCGUCACCGUGCUACCAGAUGUGACGUCACCUCACAAUUUCUCCGAGGGAAGCCAUACUGUGAUUUAUACUGCCAGAGAUCCGUCCGGAAAUACAGAGAUUUGCCAUUUAAGAGUUAAUGUUCAAGGUAAUAUAAUCCAUAAGAUAAUGUUAAUUAUUUUAGACCAUUUUACUUCAAUUACAAAUUAACAAACUGACGCCAGUUUUUUGCAUCUGCACCAUAAUUUUUAGGGAGUUAUUAUAACUCCAAAAAUGGAGUAAAAAUUUUAGGUACAGGAUAACCCCUUUUUUAGGGUUAUUUUAAUUCCUAAUUUAACUCCGAAUUUGGGGUCAUUUUUACUCCUGAAAAAGAGUUAUUUUUACUCCCAGUCUGGAGUUAAAAUAACUCUGAAAUGGGGUUGCUUUUACUCCUUACAUCGGUUGUUUUUUCUCUUUUUGGAGUUAAGUUAACUCUGAAAGUGGAGUAAAAAUUUUAGGUACAGGAUAACUCCUUUUUUGGGGUUACUUUAACUCCUCAAUAUCUGAGUCACUUUUAUUCCUAAAAAAGAGUUCUUUAAACUCCUUUUUGGAGUUAAAAUAACUCCACUGUAAGGAGUUAAAUUAGCCCCACUAGAGGAGUUACUAUAACUCCUUGAAAUUAAAAUUACUGUGUGUCCUCUUAUUGAUGAUAAAAUGACGUCACAACAUUUUCAAAGGGUUGUGGAUGCAUUGGCCGCAGGCGAGUGGAUCCACAACAAUUUUGACAAUAUUGUGGCGUCAUUUUUGAAGCAGUACAAUUUCUAGCAAGUCGUCGUCUCUUUUGGAAACUAAGCGUUUUUGUUCAGUUUCCCCUGCUUGAGCUUAAUUUGUAGAGAAUUGAAACAGGAUGCAAGUUUUGCAUCGGCUAGAGCUAUCUGACUAUUUUUCUUAGUAGACAGAAAGUUAAUCUUUUACAAAACUAAACUAAAGGAAAACAUCGCAGUUUGGCAUUCGUUCGGCAAAUGAUCGCUGAUCAUAAACAUUAGCCAAUCAGCGCGAGAGAAAUGAGUUAUUGUAAAAUAAAGGAUCGAUUGUAUAAAAAGGGGCAGCGUAUUGUUUUACUACGUAAGGGAUGCCACUGCAUGAACAACGCCAAAAGUAAUGAUCGGGAUAGGCCCAAAAUAGAGUUCGAAAAAUGUUAUGAACCAAUACAUUUCUUCUUUAACCAGGAUUUGAAAUUAAAAACACCAAACGCAACACGGGAAAUGGGGCAGUCUCAUGUGGUGCAAAACUUAACUAUUAUGAGUGUCCGAGUAAGAGAAGUCCUGAAUGGGACUGCUUUGAAUGCUUUGACAAUAGGGACUUAGGCUUUGACAACCGGUGCGGAAGUCGUCAUCUAGGUACAAAGAGAUCUGAGUAUCCUCAGUUGAUGAUGACAACUUUCGCACAGGUUACCGAACGUCAACAACUACUACCAAAUGUCCCGUUCAGGACGAGCUUUUUUGACAUACCUUUCACACCACCUUAGGCAUGAUUCCUUUUUCCAACCAAUAAAAAUUUUCUCCUUCAGUUCUUAGAUGUCCUGUUCUUCUUCCACCUGCAAAUGGAAGGCUGAGGUCUGGCUCUUGUAACAAUGUGUAUGGAAGCAUUUGUCACUUUCAAUGCAAUAAGGGAUUUAAACUGAAGGGAUCUGUGGUUAGAAGCUGCAACAAGACUUCUGGAGCAAACCAAGUUUAUUGGACAGGAAACGCUACUCAAUGUGAGGGUAAGUAAAAAAAGUGAGCUUUUUGACUUAUGUGAUCACCUCUUUUGCUUUUCUACUUUGGUUGGUCAUUCACAAUUUGUAGACGCUAAAUGGGGAUCUUGAUGGGCCAAUAGGCCAUUUCCGAGUUCCAAAAACUUUACUUUCAAAACGAGGCUAAGUGCAAAACUUUUCUUCCGAAGGUGACAUUUAUUUGGAUGAGAAUAAAAAAAUCAUUUCAUAUCAUUGGCUUCCCCCUUAGCCUCGUUAAAGCAGAGGCCUGGGGAACUCGGAAAUGGCCUGUUAGAGAGAUUAAGAGUGACGUUUACGGCAAACGUGAAUUUGUACCACGCGACUAAGUUUUCUCAUUACCUGUCGUUUAGUGCUCGUCACUUCUACAAAACAAGUUUUUUUACGUCAUUUUUAUCCAUAAUAAUUGUUUUAAGCUCUUUUUAUAUGCUUCAUUUUAUUUUGAGAAAUUCUCAACUUGAAACUGACGUUUGCCGUUUGCCGUAAACGUGACUCUUCAUCUCUCUAUUGUUUGCCCUGAUUUUUCUUUAAGCCACCAGUGAAGUUUUUCUCCCCUUCUUUACAGUCAUCAAGUGCCCGUCUUUGGAUAUCCCUGAUGACGCAGUUAAAUCUGGGUACGGGUGCAGCGCUCCAACCGCUAGUUACGGGACUACCUGCUUUUUCAGUUGCAAACCAGGAUACGAGUCAGUAAAUGGAUCUAUGCAGAGGACAUGUCAGGAAAAUCAAAAGUGGAGUGGAACACCUAUUCAGUGCCAGGGUAAUGUUGUUAUUAAGUUGAAUCGAUCGCACAAUUUCCGCCAUUAGACCAAUGUGUGUUUCAAGUACUGUAUUCAGGAAACGAUUGAAUCAUUUUUGCAAUUAUGACAAUGAAGAUGACGAUAAUAAUUUCGUACCCAGAUCUCAUACAGCGGAUGGCAGAGUGAGAUAUGAUGCUAUGUUAUGAUGAUAAUUAUAUUAAUCAUCAUUAACAAUCAUAUAAGAAAAGGAAAAUGAUAAUAAACAUGAAAUAUCUAUGCUUGUGAUGAUGAUAAAAUCAUGACCAGAAUUAAUAUAUUUCAGCCGUGACAUGCCCUGCCAUAACUUUAACGUCAGAGGGACUUAUCAUUAGCCCAUCAGCCUGCUUAAACUCAAGUGCUGCCCUCGGUUAUGCAACCGAGUGUCGCUUCACUUGUAAGAGUGGGUAUCAGCUCCAAGGUCCUGGGCUCACGUUCUGUGGAAAGAGUAACACUUGGACCCCAAUAGGAAACCCCUUUUGUUCAGGUAGGCAUAGUACUAUAUAACAUAAAUUCUCACCCUGCCAGGCAAUAUACAUGCAUAUGGCAAAUCCCGCUUCUUAAAUCAGUCUUAUUUCUCUCCAGUGUAAGAAGGCACGUACGGGCCAUCCCAUUCACUGAAAAUAACGCAAGUUAAGGGUUAAAGCGUCUGCCUUCUUCGGUCUUUUAAAAAAGUCUUUAUUCUUAGAGUUAAUAAAAUUAACUGAUAUAUCAAUUUAUUCAUUUAUCUAGUCCUUGGCUUUGUUAUAUAGUAAAUAGGGUUCCUACCAUACGUAUGUGUGUCAUAUUUUGCGACGAAUCAUUUAGCUAUUUAGUAAUACGAUUAUUUAUUUGUCUAUUAAUUUUGUCCAAGACAUUUCGAGGCCGACAUUCUUAAACUGUCCUCUAAAUUUUGCUGCAAAUGCUGAUCGGGGCACUACGUCGACAACCGUAACAUGGACAGCCCCAACGGCUACAGAUAACUCCGGCUUCGCUCCCAACAUAACACGUACAGGAAAGGAACCUGGGGGGAGAUUCUCUGCCGGGGAGCACAUCAUACGUUACAGAGCCAUUGACAGAGCGGGGAAUAUUGGCGAAUGCACCUUUAAAGUCUUCGUUUCAGGUAGCUGUCUUAAUCUGGUAAUUGUAGCUUAAACUAAUUCGAUGAAUUACAAUAAAGGUGUAAAGUCAACAGCCACUUGUUUCCCAUACUGUUAAAUGUCCAUAUUUAAGAUAUAACUAUUACUAGUUUCUCGCUGUAACGAGGCCUCAGCGAGUUAUGAGUCAGUUAUUCACCGUGAGUGAUGAUGAUGAAUUAAUUACUGGUGAAUUUACAAAUUCAUGAUUCUUCAUGUGAAAUCUUGAAUCUAAUAUUCUGGCCGUUAAAUCUUAAAUUUCAAUAUUCUCUAUGUCCAAAUCUUUAAAUUUUAAGAUUGUACAUCCAAAUAAUAUUUAAAAAAAGUCAGCUGAAAAGAUUUGGUAACUUACCUGCGUUUAAGUCACGGUGAUAACUCAUGCUACAUACCUACCACCUUCUUAGACCUCUCAACAUUAUCUUAUUCUGGGUGUAUUAGAAAAUAAUGCAAAGGAAAGUUACCUCUUAAAGCAGUUUUGGUCCUAUUAUUCAGUGAUCCGAUGUCAGCCCAGAUUAUAUGCACCGGCUGGAGGCAGCAAACGUUGCACCAUGGAUAACAUGUAUGGUUCAGAGUGUUCCUUCACAUGCCAACCUGGUCACAUCAUGAGGGGUUCGGCAAAAAGAAGUUGUGAAAAAAAUCAGACGAGUUCUUUCGGCUUCUGGACUGGAAAUGAAACGAAGUGUGAAUGUAAGUUAUACCAAUUUCACUUAAUCUAAAAUUCUUAUCACUCUCGAGAGAUUUUCACAUCAAUUUCAUCAUCAUCAUCUUCCGCCAUCACCACAACCACCAUCACCAUCACCAUCACCAUCACCAUCAUCAUCACCAUCAUCAUCAUCAUCAUCAUCAUCAUCAUCAUCAUCAUCAUCAUCAUCAUCAUCAUCAUCACCAUCAUCAUCAUCAUCAUCACCAUCAUCAUCAUCAUCACCAUAAUCAUCAUCACCAUUAUAUGCUUCAAGCCAUCCACGAGGCAGUUGAUAGUGGUGACGCGUCGACUCGGAUUUUCUUCGCAGAUUUUUCUAAGGGGUUUGAUUUAAUUGAUCAUUCAAUAUUGAUGCAAGAACUUGCAGAUCUUGAAGUUCAUCUUGUCCUUUUAUCUUGGAUUGCGGCAUUCUUGACAUGCCGGAAGCAAGCAGUUAGAAUCGGAAGAACUCUGUCAGAUUGGUUAACACUAAAAGGAGGAGUGCCCCAAGGAAGUAAACUGGGUGUGAUCCUUUUUACGGUAAUGACGAACAAACUGUCUGACUGGCGGCUGCGCAUCAAAUACGUGGAUGAUACCAGUGCUCUCGAAAUAAUUCCAAGGAACUCCCCUAGCUUACUUAAGCUAGUAGCCUCAGACAUUCACAAUUUCGCCAUUGCUCAUAAUAUGAGACUCAACCCAACCAAGUGUAAAGAAAUGUAUAUUAAUUUCCUACGCAACUCCAAUUGCCUCAUUAACCCAAUUAUACUACUACAUGAGAAAUUUCUGCAAUCUGAUUGGCUUAGAGCAGUAGUAUUUCAGCUUAAUUUGAAAUACCUACAUGUGAAAAUUACAAACCUUUUUCGGGUAGUAGUAUAAACAAAUAAUAGCAUGAUUUGAACGUGAUAUUUACCAUAAAUACCACCCGUGAUAUUUCAAAAUUGUCUCAAAUUUCACUCGCCUAAUGGCUCGUGAAAUUACGUAUAACAAUUUUGAAAUAUCACGACAAAUCAUGCUAUUACCUAUACUAAUAAUUGGCGGCAAUGUCAUCAAUCGUGUCAAUACCAAUAAGAUCUUAGGAGUUAUUAUGGCCAAUGACCUGAAGUGGAACUCUCAUGUUGAUUACAUUAUUAAGAAAGCUUGAAAGAAGUUAUACUCUCUUAGAGUUCUCCGCAGAGCCAGGGUGAGCCAACCCAACAUCUUGAGGACAUACCUUAGUACAGUCCGGCCAGUUUUAGAGUAUGCUGUACCAGUCUGGCAGGAUAUCCCUGCUUACCUGUCCGAAGCCAUAGAGCGAGUGCAAAAAAGGGCGCUUAACAUAAUCUACCCCGAGGCAGAGUCAUAUGCUCAUGCCUUACAGUUAGGUAAACUAGAUAGGUUAGAUGAUAGAAGAGUACACUUGUGCUACAAAUAAAUGGCGAAAAUGAAGUCCCCCAGCCACCCUCUGCACCACCUACUUCCCAGCCCACUUCUGGACGCGCCUAACUACACCUUAAGGCAGAAAACACAAAAGUAUUAUCUUUUCCGGAACAUACAGGUCUGUAGAACAAAGGGAGUGGAGGACUUCUUUACUUUAAAUAUUUUAAGUGAUUCAAUUGUUAUAUCAUUGUUAUAACUGUAAAUUACUAUACUCUAGGUAAUAGUUGCCUUAAGAUUGUAAAAUGUACUCGAUAAUUCAGUUCUUUUUACUUCAAGAGAGUUUUAAUAAACUAUUCGUACACAUCAUCAUCACCAUCAUCAUCAUCACCACCACCAUCAUCACCAUCAUCAUCACCAUCAUCAUCAUCAUCACCAUCACCACCAUCAUCAUCACCAUCAUCAUCAUCACCACCAUCAUCAUCACCAUCAUCAUCACCAUCAUCAUCAUCAUGUCAUCAUCAUCACCACCAUCAUCAUCACCAUCAUCAUCACCAUCAUCAUCACUAUCACCAUCAUCAUCAUCAUCAUGUCAUCAUCAUCACCACCAUCAUCAUCAUCAUUACAAUUAUCAUCAUCAUCAUCACCAUCACCACCAUCACCAUCAACAUCAUCAUUACCAUCAUCAACAUUCUAAAUGGCAUUCCCAACAACAUCAUCUUCUUCUUGUUCGAAUGAAGUCCAAUCUUCUGUUUGCUUCGAAUAGUAACAAACGUUUGAUAAUGGUUUGUUCUCUCGCAUAGUUGAAUAUCAAGGAAUUUGACCUUUGACACAUGUCCUUUGUUACCUCUGUUUGCAGUGGUCAGGUGCCCUCGCCUUCCUCUUCCUUCUCACAGCGUCCAGUCUGGCUGUGGGUUCGGUUCCAUGUAUAACGACUUUGGUGACAGAUGCCUUUACUAUUGCGACAUUGGAUAUCGUAAAAUAAACGGUUCAAACGAGAGAGUUUGUCAGGCAAAUGGGACAUGGUCAGGGCAACCACCCGACUGUCAAGGUGUGAGCAUAAACAAAGCGUUAAAUGGUUUAUUCAACUGCUCUUCUUUUUACAGAUAUCAAAACUAAAUCACUAUUGAUAAAAUGGAGAGUUCUCGGUAUUAGAACGCACUUUCCCAAUUUCGCGGUUUGGCCCUUGGGCCAUCAGUUUGUGGGGUUUUUGCUGACAAAAUUCCCUUGCCAUUCGGAUUAGAUAGCUCUCCGUGAAUCUUUUGUCAUUGAAGAGAAUAGACAAACGCUUACAUGAAAUGAAUGAUCAUUUGAAAAUUAAUACUAUUGCACUAUGUUUCUUUAGUCGUUCGUUGUAGUUCCCUGGAGCCACCAAAGAACGGGUCCGUAACACCAAAUUCGUGCACAGCCUCUCCAGAAUACGGUAAAAGGUGUUACUUCUCAUGUACGAGAGGCUACAGACUGCAUGGGGAGCCAUUAACUUUCUGCCUUAGCAACGGACAAUGGUCCAAAAGCACCAGUGCUUUUUGUGGAGGUUUGUAUAAUAUUUCAAUAAUUUAUACGCUACAUGCAGAUUCAUUUUCUGUGGUCACUCCAUCUGUUUGUCUGAGCAAAGAAAAAUAACCUUCCAACUGAACGAUACCCAAGACUAUCAAGCCCAACUAACCGGUCAUUACGAUUACUUAAAUUGAUAAGGUAUCUAAUCUAUUAAAACCUUUUAUUUUAGACGUGGAAAGGCCUUCGUUUGGCUCAACGUGCCCCUAUGAUAUUAAACGCUACGCCGACAGGGCGAAGAACUACACAGCAGUAAGCUGGCCUCCCGUUAUAGCUACUGAUAACUCGGGUGUUACACCAAAUGUCGUUUCUACUGGUGUAACCAGCAUAUACUACACAGGAAGGCAUACUGUUACAUACAACGCCAGCGAUGAAGCUGGGAAUUCUAGGAUUUGCAAGUUUUACGUCAUCAUUGAGGGUAAGAUGAGACUUUCAACUACACGCAAUCUGCAAAGACGACGCAACAAAUAUUUCGCUAAACUGAAAACUAGACACUUUAUUCUCCAGGUUUCGAUGAGGCUGUCCAGUGGCCAACGUUUUGGUUUCCCACUAAAAACCUUUACAUGUACUAAACAAUAUUCAGCGGCAAAAGCUAAACUAAUUCCUGCCUCCUGUUACAGUUUUGCGAUGCCAGACAUUGCUCCCAUCGUUGAACGGUUUUUUGUUGGGCAAAUGUGAGAAUACUUUUGGAUCAACCUGUACGUUUGGGUGUGACGAUGGAUACAACUUACUUGGUGCGGAAAAUAUAUCAUGUGAAGCACGCCCUGGUCACAUCACGGGUUACUGGGACAAUCCAGUUCCUGUCUGCAAAGGUAAAUACAGAAAGGUGUAAGACAUUUUUUUGUAUACAACUGUUUCGAGAAAGGUUGUCGGAAGAAAUGCGCACGCGACAAUCCCGAAAGGUAAUACGGGAUAUUGAUCAAUACACUGUUUGCAACGACUGAAGCUGUCGAACCUACUUUUGUUGCUUUCCUUUAGUACUCGCAAACACAUGUCCGUGGCCUCCCGAACCAUUCUUUCAAAUUUCUUUGAAGAACAGUGCCCUCAAAGCCACCCACGAUACCUUUCGGGAUUGUCGCGUGCACUUUUUCCGCCAACCUUUCUCCAAAUAGCUGUAAACAAUAAGGACAACAAGUACUAAGUGGUUAAUCGAGUGGCCAUUCUACCUAUUGAUGCUAAAUAACAAGGAACGACUGUUUUCAUUUCUGGCGAAAAAAAUGGGUGCAUGGGAUGUCUGGAGACCUCCAUUGUGCCCAACCCGCAUCUGAACAGAGAACUGCUAUCAUGGCUGGCCAAUGGCAAUCCCUGUAAGUGCCCACAGCCACUUUUUUUUCGGUGAGAACGAAAUAAACUGGAUGUAUAAUUAUCUUGGUCACUGUCUUUUUCUUCCAUUAUCACUGUCACUCUCAUCAUCUCCACCAUCAUCGACAUUAUUAAUGUCACCACCAUGUCAUCAUCAUUGUAUUAUCGAUAUAUGUUUGUAAAACGACCUAUGAUGAUCUUUGCUUAAACUAUUAAUAGAGAAUCGACUAAGGAAUAACGGUACUCUGGUCGUCUUAUCUUUGUCCAUCUUUUAUUUUGUUUUUGUUUGCUUAGUCCGUAGAUGUUCUUCAUUAAAGGUGCUGCAGUUUGGUUAUAUUUAUCCUUACAUGUGCUUGUCAUAUCCAAUCAGUGGAACUAUUUGUUAUUUGGAAUGCAGACACGGAUUCCAGAGUAAUGGAGGUGUAAACGUGUUGCAAUGUGGGAAGAACGGAAAUUGGAACCAAAAUGUAUCUUCUGCUUUGCAGUGCAAAGGUACGUCAUUUCUUUGGCUUUUUCGUCUGUUUGAAGCAAAACAGAAAUGAAACAAUAUAAGGUGCUUAGGUAGAUCCUGUCCACCUUUAAGCCAUGAGCUUGACAGAAUGUACUUUGGUUUAAGUCGUCUGAUGUGACAGUAUUAAGGGUUGCAUUUUCUCAUAUGUUGCAUUGCAGACGUUUUUCCUCCCGUAUUCAUGAGCUGCCCAUCCGAUAUUUUCGCCAGUAUCACAGAAAAUUCGUCGGCAACGGUAAACUGGACUUUUCCUGUGGCUAUUGACAACAGCAACCAAGCACCGCAGAUCACUGUAUCACCAGCUGGAGUCACUUCACCUUACACGUUUUACUCCUCUACCGUCAUUACCUACACUGCCACUGAUGCGAGUGGAAACAAGGAUGAGUGCUCCUUUAAGGUCGCUUUGCAAGGUCAGAAAAACAGAAAAUAUUCCUUAUUAAAAACGCAUUGCUGAGGUCAAGAUGGCCGGAUUUUGGUCACGAUAUUGGUUGGACAUUUAAUGGACCGAGAGGAAAUCGAAGUCCAUAGAGACGUAAAAAUUCCACACUCUAGUCGGCAAGACCAAACUUUCUUGGAAUAUAAACGAUUAAUAAUAAGGCAAAAAGAUUGAAUUUACUCGCAAAGACAACGCGGGCAAUCAAGAGCGGAACAGAUAGACCCAUUUUGCAGCUGGAGUAGCCAGUCAAAGAACAGGAUUCGCUUUAUCUUGUCCGCUCAUAAACCGUAAUUUCCUCGUCGGAAAUGGACCAUAUGUACCUAAGUAUGCAUUUGUGUCUAAUCUCAACCUCCAAAUCAAUCGCAUGUUUUAAUUUAGGACAAAAAUCUGAACCACCCUUUUGUACGAACUCAUUUUAUUUGCAGACAAUUCAGGCCCCGAGGUUGUAUAUUGCCCACCAGACCAAAACAUAACUGCAACAAAGAUGAGGACAGCUGUAACAUGGAUCUCCCCGCAGUUCAAAGACAAUAGUAACAGUCCUUUGGUCAUUAGAUGCAGCCAUCAAAGUGGGGCACAGUUUUACUGGGGAACCUGGAACGUGCAUUGCACGGCAUUUGAUAAGAACCAAAAUAAUAAUCCUGCCGUCUGCCAGUUUACCAUCACGUUAAAACGUAAGUAGGUAGUUAGUGACGUUGUCACCCAGGGCCAGGGGAUACCCCCGGGAAAUUAGGUUGGAGGUGUGCGGCAUGCCUCUUGACAACCACGCUAUAAAGUGCGUGACUUUCCGUACCCUGUUUCAUACCUGAACAGCUGUUCUCAAGAGACGAAUGACAAAGAGAAGACACACGAAAUUCCAGGUACAGGUACCAGAUAGCACAAAACCUCACAUUAUGACAGAAUCCCAGACACUUAAAAUCUAAACUUAUUACCCAAUUUCGGAACACUUUCACGCACUUUCACAGCACCCCAAUUGCUUACUAAUCAAUUUUCAUGGCAUCAACGUUCAUCUCAUAAGGUAAUUCACAGUCACAAGACUAUGCUAGUUUUACAAGUGAUUUGGGUAGCAUGAAAUAAUUUGAAAUCCUUGGCAUCAUGCAUACAGCAGCCCUCCGUUAAUUUGUCUUUGAAAUGAGACAUACGCCUGUAGAUCAUCAUGCUGGUCUGCCAAUCUGCAAACUCGCAAUCUCAAAAUCACACAUGCAGCCACAAUUAGCUGAAAACAGAAUAAUCGUACGUUUUCACCAGCUCUGGAAUUAUGGAUGCGUAGAUCAACUUAAUCUUCAGGGUUAUAAGUAGAAUAAGUUUAAAUUUAAAGAGAGGAACACGGUUGAUUUAACAUCGAUCUGUCAUAAUUUUUUUAUAAUCUGCCUUCAUACAGCGAAAGACUGCAUUGACCUGCCGCCUCCUAAGAAUGGGGCAAAGGCAUGCGAUGAUUGGGCAGCCGGAAGACAAUGUGCUCCCUCUUGUAACAGCAAAUGGGAUUUUGCUCAAGAACUGCCUCCAUAUGUAGUGUGGGUAUGUGGAGCAUCAGGGACAUGGUCUCCAUCAACCCGGUGGCCAGAUUGCUCAAGUAAGUUGCUCAAGUUUUAUAACUAGUAUACAUGUUGGGGUGAAAUUUGUUUCAAACCCAUUAUCGUUUAUUUCCCUUCCUAAAAACUAAAGGCAAUAAAAUGUAAAGCAAGGAUGAAAUUAAACCAUAAUUAACAUAGACCAGCGUAUUACUAAAGAGGGUGUUAUCCGACCAUAACUAAGUAGGGGGCUGUUAUCCACCUUGGCCGAUAAUAUCCUCCUCGAACUCUAUAAUUCUUCAGAUCCUACUCAGCCACAACCAAUAAUUGAUAAUUAUUUCAUGUACUCCAAGUAAAUGUGCAAGUUUCUUUCACGGAGACGAUUGAAUGGCUGACCCGCCGUAUCAACCCUCAGCUAACGUAAGUGAAACCACGACUCCGACGUAGAACAUCGUAUCGCUAACAAGGGCUGUGUCGAAUCUCAAUGUUUCCGGAAACAUUGAGAUUCUCGGGAAACAAAAUUAACCGUUUCCCUCGGGAGCAGUCAUUAAGUGUUUAUUAAUAUAUUUGCAAUAAAUCACUGCAGAGGUAUAUCAAGCAGGUGAAGCUAGAAUGGCGAUGGAUUUGUACUAUUUCGACGGAGAUUGCAGUACACCGGAAGCCCAAGCACAAAUAAGACAGAACUUCAUUCGGAUUUUAAACGGGUCCCUGUUUCAAGUGAUGUGCCGCGACCCUGUGUUCAGAGAUAGCUGCACGGCUGAGAACGUAGUGGUAACAUGCGAUGAGGUGACGAGGGCAAGACGGAAAAGACGUUCAUCAGGUUGGUGUGAUAUUGGUUGAGUAUCAUAGCGGUACUUCCAGCCACUAGCUGGGGCAAAAACCAAUGGACUCGUUCUUGCGGUGAAAUUAACUAAGUUGACUGUUGUUCUUGAAAGGACGAAUGACGCGAGAUCGAAGACAAUCAGUCAUAAUGUAAUUGGGGAGAUUUUUAGGGCUAUUUUUUCCAGAAGAGGGUUGUUUUUUACUCAGUGAAAAACUUUUACCUGGCGAUGCUUUGAGUAAUAGCAUCUGUCGCUCAACGAUAAAGACCUUAUGGACCUCAGAAAUAUAGUUCAAGAAAUACGACUCUCUGGUCCUCCAGGUCCAGAGUCUCGAUCCUUCGGGAAAUAAUUUGGGUAUAGUGACAGCCGACAAUCGAUUAAAUAUAGCUCUGACUUUAUGCAAAAUAUGUGAACUAUUGAAAGACCUUCUCAAAGCGAUGUUUACAAAGUAUAUGUGUUUAUUUGGGGGUGUUUUUUAUUCUUCAGAUGGUGGUGGUGAUCGCAUUCUGACAAAAGUCCAUCUUGAUAUUGUUGGUAAGUUCGGUACAGCCGAGGUCACACCCAAAAACGUCCUUCACAGACGUUUAAUGUUUUGAUACCCCCCGGCCUAGUUUCAGGACUUCGUAUUGGGUUAUUGUGUCUUACAACCAGUCAUGAGGGUUCUAAUAUGUAAUCUCAAAAGGUAAUGAAAAUCUCCGGGAAACUCAAACCAUUUAGAAAAUACAACAGAAAGUCCGCUACUUGAGGCUUUUUUUUAUACACGCCUUUCUACAUUCAUUAAAUGUACGUGAGUAAUUCUUGCCACAGUAGUGAUUAAAAUCACAUGGAAACGAACAUGAGACUAUGUUUCGAUGGAUAAACAGGACGUAACAAGUUUUACAAAUUCAUUUGAUCUAAGUCUCGGAUGGUAUUUGUGCAAUAAGUUAUACACUCAAAUUCAAAACCCACACCUACUUCCGGGGCUACAUUUACUGCUAUUCUCGAAGAAAAGAAAAGAUCGUUUAACAUCUCAUGGAUGAAGUUGGCCAUCAGCUGAAAGGAAGAUUCCAGUGAUAAAGAUUACAACAAUUUCCCUUAAUUGUUUCGCACACAGGCAGGAGCUAGUGCAAUUUUGCAAAAAGAUCCGCGAAGAUUUAUUUUUUAAAAAAUUUAACUCCAAUACUUAAGACGGGUAAAUCUUUUGAAGGACCUCGGUCGUUCUUUUGGGAUGAAAUUAUUGCUCUCGUGUAGGCCCUUUGUUUCUUACAACGAGCUUUUGCCACUAGCUUGUCAUGUAACAAUUCACCUUUCGCAGUAAUCCUUGGCAUUAGUACCGUAGUAGAUGACGACAAACAAAGCAAGAUCGAGGCAGGUUUGGCAGGAGUGGAGAUUGCCAAAAACUUAAGCAGUGAGAUCAGAAAAGCAGUUGAGAGUGGUGUCCUCAAUCUGACCAUAAACGGCACGGUGUUUGUUCCUGAUGAGCAGUCGCUGAACUUCACAGAGCCUGUGGUACUUUGUGCAAAAGGACAAUCCCUUAGAGAUAGAGUCUGUGGUAAUUUAUAUAUUUUUAUCACAAACAUGCACGUAAAGUAGUGGAAAUUAAGGAGCUUUGACAUGGACUUCUGUUUAUGAUAUUGUCUCUGCAUUUUGCAGUCAUUAUUUCAUUAAAAGUAAAGGUCUAAUGCUGUUCUAAGCAAAUUGCACACAAAGAAAAACACUUCAUCGAAAUACAACUGAAAACGUGAAAAACGGGAAAACUGAGAAAAGUAGAGGAGUUGCUCUCAAGUGGCUUUAGGUGGCCCUUGCAAAAUCUUUCGUGAAAACCACCUCCAGCAAGCCAAAUAUAAUUCAUUUAAUUUCACCUAACACUCAAGCAGCAUUAUCUUUAUUACCAUUAUCGCCAUCAUCAUAAUCACCACCACCACCACCACUAUGAUUAUCAUAAUCACCAUUAUCAUCAGCACCAGCAACAACAACAGCAGCAGCAGCAUCGCCACCAAUAUUAGUACAUAUAUUCUUCUUUCAUUUCUCACAAUGAUAUAUUUUGCAUUGCUCAGUAAGCUGUUCACCAGGAACAUACCUAAACAAAACCCUUGGUACAUGUGAAGACUGCCCUGUUGGAUCAUAUCAAGAAGAAGAGUCACAAGAAACAUGCGUAACAUGUCCACCGAGAACUUCAACGGAAGAAACAAGAUCUGAAGAUCGAUCUAAUUGUACAGGUAAAAGCAGCCUGUUGUAGUACUAAUACUUAACUUUACUUUAUUGAAUUUGUUACAUAUAAUCAGGUAAUACCUACAUUAAAAUCUAAAAUACGUUAGACAAAGAAAAAAAAAGGAAAUUAAAAUAAAAAAAUAUUGCAACUGGAGCAGGAAACAGGAUUUUGUCCCUGUUGAUAUCUUGCCCUAAGAAGUAAAUGAAUUAGGGAAUAAUAAUAAUAAUAAUAAUAAAAACAUAAAUACAAGAACCCCCGCCCCCUACCUUAAUCAUUGUUUGCCCCUUCUCCACAAACAGACUACAUAAAUAUCACCCUAUACCUCACUGGCUAGGAGGACAUAAGAUAGAGUAUUGCGACUGUAAAUAUCUAAAAUCCUUUUCUUAAAACUAGAUAGUGACUGAUUCGUGCUUUGGAUGUCUAAAGGUAGCUUGUUAAGCUCGUACGUAUUCUAUUAUGUUCAAUUCUGUUUUCCACAGCUAUUUUUCCCACGUCACCUAGCUAUAUACUCAAGGUACAGUUAAUAAUAUAUGACUAUAUUGCUAUACCUAGUUAAGGCUUAACACUCAUCAACAUUGAUAUAUCUCCAACAGGCUAUUCAAGACACUAGAUAACGUACAAGAAAAAAUAACAUCUUUUCAUUUCUCCUACACAAAAUAGCGCUGUGUAAACCUGGGUCAUAUUCACCCACCGGAUUAGAGCCUUGUAUUCAGUGUGAAAAAGGGCUUUACCAGGAAACAGAGGGAAAGCGUCUCUGCGUAAGAUGCGGUGUUAACACAACAACCCCAGAGGAGGGAUCAAACAGUUCUAUGCAAUGUGCAGGUAAUAAUGACAGUUUGCAUUUUAUGAACAAAUAAAACGCACAGACAAAACUUUUAAAUGUACAGAAGUGCAUUCAUAGAUUAAAGUAUUCAUUAAAAUACAUUAUCUUUGAGCCUAGAGAUAGGUGUCUGAUGUAGCAUAGGAUUAGACUAUCCCAAUCGAUUUUCAAGAAAACCUAUUUUCCAAGCCCCAGUUGUUCAAAAGGUGGAUAGUGAUAUCAAUUGGAAAAAUUACUAUCCAGUGGAUAACCAAUUAUUCUUCGCAAUACUUAUUCAUUGGAUAGCGAUUUAUCUGGUGGGUAAACGUAGCGCUAUCCAACUUUUGAACAACCGGGACCAGACCGCCAGACUAUUUAUUGACUGGGCCAGACCACAGAGCAGGGUAAGCUAGCGUGCAGGGGCGUUAACAAUGGCUCGCCGUAAACGCCCAACACAGAUCUCCUGCUCAUAUUUUAUCUACUACUUGUUGACAUACUGUAGACAAGGAAUUAUCAGCUAUUUAUUAGAAAAGUUAAAUUAAAUUAUUAUCAAUAUGGACAAAUAGAUUCACCACAAGUACUACAUAAGAGAUUGUCUUACUUGUAUUUUUUGUUGUUCUUUCCUCCAGUCCCCUGUCCUUCUGGUUCUUUCUCUCCAACUGGCCUGGCUCCAUGUACUUUGUGCAACCGGCGCUCCUUUCAGCCCCACAACGAGAGCCGCAUCUGCGUCCCAUGCCCAGGAACAACUGCGACCGUCCUGCCAGGGUCAAAGAGUCCACAAGAUUGCAUAGGUAAGUGGCACGGAACACCUUUGGACAUCAACUCAGUUGCUCCGCCAUUGAAGGGCCACUAUGCUGGAUAUCCUCUCUUACUUCUGCAGAAGACUGUCAGCUGGUAAUGUAAUGUAAGAAGAAUAGUUUGUCGCCCCAUGGUAGGGAAUCCGGAUUCGUAAAUCCGAGAAAUUUUUGCCUGUGGAAUCCGGAAUCCUGGGCUUUGGAAUCCAGACUACAAUUCAAGGAAUUCGGUAUUCCACUAACGAUUGGAAUCCGGAAUCCAAGUUCCACUCACAAAGAAUCCGGAAUUCAAUACCUGGAAUCUGAAAUCCAUGUCGUGGAGUCCAGAAUCCACGACUGUCUUAGAUUCCCUUGCAUGGGCAAAAAUACUUAUUUUAUCUCUCCUUUUCAAUCUUCAGAAAUUGACGAAUGCGAUUCAAAUCCCUGUCACGGCAACUCUAACUGUACAGACCUCAUUGCUGACUUUCUGUGCUCCUGCCAACCUGGUUUUACUGGUAAACAAUGUGAAACCAACAUUGACGACUGUCAGGACCAACCUUGUUUUAAUAACGGCACCUGCCAUGACCUGGUUAACAAUUACACCUGCACAUGCAGACAGGGAUACCAGGGAUCUAAUUGUGAAGAUGAUGUUGAUGAGUGCACGACAUCCCCUUGUUCCAAUAAUGCUUCGUGCAGCAAUUAUCCAGGAGGAUACAACUGUCAAUGCCGAUCGGGGUUCACCGGAAAGUUGUGCGAAACAGACGUAGACGAAUGCGAGUUAUCACCGUGUCUAAAUGGAGCAACUUGUAGGGAUGGAAUAAACAACUACACCUGCCUCUGUGCAACAGGUAAGACAAAGUGAGUAAUCUAAUAUAACGACGUAGUGUAAUAUUAACAACGUGUGUUAUAUCGCAGGCUACCAAGGAAACGAUUGCGAAGAGAAUAUCGAUGACUGUGCAUCGGACCCUUGUCAGAACGAAGGCAAAUGUGUGGAUGGAGUUGGAACAUACCACUGCAUCUGCCCUGCAGGAUUUAAUGGAACCAAUUGUGAGCACAACAUUGAUGAAUGUGUCAAUGUAGACUGUAAGAACAAUGCAACCUGUAUUGACCAAAUCAAUGGGUUUUAUUGCGCAUGCCGGAACGGAUUCACAGGAAAUAAAUGCGAGGUGAACAUUGACGAAUGCGCUUUCAAUCCUUGCAAGAACCAGGCUAGGUUUGUAUGGAUUUACUUUUAAAGUUAAAUUUUGUUAUUGAAAUUGCUUCCAACUAACUUUCCCAGGACAUUCUGCAUUAUUCAAAGGUGUCGUUAUCAGCCAAUCUACCAUAUGUCAGUUUUUAAGGAAGAACAAAAAAAAUUCUUGCUUCCAGUGUUCCAAGAGCUCCGAAGAGAAGUAUAUCUUACCUCAGUACUACAUCUGAUUUAACUGUCUUCAACGGAUUUUAAGUAAAUCCUAAUCAGAGGCCCCAAUUUAACUGGUAAAUUGAGUAAAGAAAGAAAGUAGAGAAGAGAAGAAAAAACGCAAAUUUUCAAAGAACGCUACCAAACUAUAUAGCUAAAGCGCUGUUACUUUUAUAUCGUUAGGUGUGGGGAUAUGAUUAACACUUAUCGGUGUGAAUGCAAAGAUGGUUUCGAUGGCCUCCACUGUGAAAACAACAUUGAUGAAUGCGCCUCGAAUCCUUGUUCAAACAAUGGUACAUGUCACGACGGCAUCAAUAAUUUCACCUGCGCUUGCCCACCAGGUUUCACAGGAAAUACCUGUAGUUUAGACAUCGACUAUUGCUCAUCAACGCCGUGCCUGAAUAAUGCCUCCUGCUUUGAUGGACGCACUUCCUUUACUUGUCAGUGUCCUGAUGGAUUCAAUGGAGACCAAUGUCAGUACAACAUCGACGAAUGCGAGAAUGCAACAUGUUUCAAUGGCGGAACAUGUGUCGAUGGCAUUGAUCAAUACACAUGUGCCUGCCAAGCGGGAUUUACCGGAUUCAGCUGUGAAUUAAAUAUUGAUGACUGCGAGCAUAAUCCGUGCUUAAACGAUGGGACUUGUAAGGACUUGAUAAAUGACUUUAAAUGUACCUGUAGGAGAGGUUACACAGGGAAGAACUGCAGCGUCGACAUUAACGAAUGUUUCAGUUCUCCUUGUCAGAACAAUGGAACAUGCAAUGAUAAAGUUGACGGCUACACUUGUAGUUGCGUUGAUGGCUUUAGUGGAACACACUGCGAAAGGAAUAUUGAUGACUGUUUGGGUCACGGUUGCGCUAACGGUUCCACCUGCAGGGAUGGGGUUAACAGCUACACUUGUGACUGUCCUCCUGGGUUCUGGGGAAGGUUCUGUGAAUCUGAAGUAGACGAGUGCGAGUCCUUUCCUUGUAAUAAUGGUGGAACUUGUAACGAUCAGGUACCUUGCAAUGCCAGUAGUUCUUCGAAUAAAUGCCCUCUACAACACACUGUUAAGUGUUUAUAAACGCUUAUCCCGCAUCAUUAACUUGCAGACGUUAAAGCACACGCCCCAAAAACGUUUAACUAUUGUGUGAUACGGCCAGAGGAUAAGUAGUUUUCAAAUGACUGAAGACCAAAAUGAAAUGUUUUUAGGACUUCUCUCUGACUUCUGAUUAUGAAAGUUUGAUGGAUGGCAAGAAUUUAAAGUGUCUCUUUAUAGAUCUGACAUUGUCUUAUUAAGAAACCUCUCUUUCGGGGGUUGGAGACACACUUACUAGCAAGCGGUUUCUAUUAACAAGAACCCCUAAGCUAUAGAUUUUGUUGUAAUGCAGAACAGAGCCUCUAAGUAUAACGGCAAGAAAACUGAAUCUCUUGUCGGGUUUUGCUUAGUACAACACCACCACCGCCACCAAAUAUACCAGCAGUCCCAUUUUCAGAGAUGGUAUUGAUAUGACAAUCAUGUAAAUAAAACUAAUGUAUAGUUAAAAGGACAGAAUGCACAGAUGUCAAACGUAGUCCGGUUUGACGAGUAUAAUUCAUAGCAACGGUAUGAAGACGUCUUUUUCUUAUAGAUUCCUUUAUUUAUUCCCAGGUGAACGCGUUUGAAUGCACCUGCCAGGUGGGCUUUGCUGGACACCAUUGCGAAAUAAACAAUGAUGACUGCAAAUCAUUGCCAUGUUUAAACAACGCUACUUGCGUAGACCUGAUAGCUAACUACACAUGUUCCUGUCCAAGUGGUUUUACUGGGCUCCAUUGCGAGGGUCGCAUUGAUUACUGUGGGGAGGCAAACUGCACUCAGAAUGGAGUUUGUGUUAAUCUAUUCACAGGUAAAGUCAUAGUAAAGCCUGGAUUCUAUGCAAUCUUUCAUAUCGUCUUGCCGCUUCGAUUCCAGUCUAUAUACAGACGUACGCGUAGUUCUAUUCAGACUAUUUCGAUCACCCCAAUGGGCCCUUAGAAGCUCGAUCGCUCCAAUUGGCACUUGGCAUCUUAACAGUCACAUGGUGCAAAACACCUUGCACGAGAGAUAAACGGGCAGUGGUAUCCACUUGAAAAAAAGGAAAGUCGCAUUUUAAAUGAUGUAAUCGUGUUUUUUCUUGCCCCAUUGUCUCCCAAACUCUCUGGCAAGGCGUUUUUGUCUCACGCGAGCGUUAAGCUGCAAAGGGCCCAUCGCCGGGAUCGUCUCCCAUUCAUUUAAGGCAUAAGAUUUGAUCGUCAUAAACAGUAACACACUUAAGGUGUUUUUUCCCUUUCUUACAUACAGGCUUUAACUGCAAAUGCAACGGUGGUUACUUCGGCGAGUACUGCGAGUUUGAAACUGAUGAAUGUUCAGCGAAACCUUGUUUCAACAAUGCAACAUGUCAUGAUACCAUCAACAAUUUCACUUGUUCUUGCUCCGCCGGGUUCACGGGGAGGUACUGUGAGCAGAACAUUGACGAUUGUGUCAAUAACUCUUGUCAAAAUAACGCCAGGUGUGUUGACCACACACUGGGUUACUCUUGCCUCUGUGCUGAAGAUUACAAUGGAACAUUUUGUGAAGCAGAGAUCAACAAAUGUGACUCCUCUCCGUGUCAAAACAAUGGGACAUGCGUAGUUGAGAGGCCUGGGUACAUAUGCAUUUGCCCGGACCAGUUUGCAGGAGUAAACUGCGAGAACUUUACUGACCCCUGCUUAUCGUCACCAUGUCAGAACGGCGGAACGUGUCACUCUGACAACGCCACGGGAACCGUCUUUUGUUUAUGUAAAACAGGUUUUACAGGAAGCACCUGUGAUGUGAACAUUGAUGAUUGUGCAUCGGAGCCCUGCAUGGCCAACUCCUUUUGCGUUGAUUUGGUAAACGAAUAUGAAUGCAGGUGUUACCCAUCUCACACAGGAGAUCACUGUGACAUAUGUAAGUAACGAUGUCCUCAUGGACCAUUUCCGAGUUGACCCAAGCCUCUGUUUUAAAGCGAUGCUUGCGAAGCUAUCGAUACGAAAAUGAAUUUUCAUUACCAGCAAAUAAAACUCACUUUUACAAAAAAUGUUUUGCACUUAGUCUCAACUCUCUCUUUCAGCUCUUUUAAAAGUGAGAUUGUUUGGAACUCGGAAAUGGUCUAUUCCUCAACUUAAUCGAGGGAUUGAAAUGACUUAUGUAAUACAACGUCAUACAGACCAAGUUGAUGUGAGCCGUAUGUUGAUUAUAGUAAUGACAAUCAAAAUUAUGCCUAUUAACAGUAGUGAAACUGUUACCGCUUAACAUUUAUGCACCGCUAUCUCUUUAAUUUUGCGGUGAUAAAAAGGCCAGCUGAUCAAUACUUUUAAAUUUACAGAAUAUUUUAAAUUCAAAGAUGGUUAAGACCUGCGAUAACUCCACUUCGAUGAAUCGCAUCAAAAUGUUCGUUGAUCCUGUUGUCAUCGAGAAGAUCCAUUCCAAGCUAUAAAUCGUUGUGUUACGUUUACAGAAUGAAUAAAAGCGACACUUCAAAGAAAUUACUUAAUAUAAACUAAACCUCUUACAUUCCUUUUUCAGUCCUUGGCAGCAAUUUUGAUUUGAUUUUCAAGCGCAGUACUGCAAGCGACAUGGUUCUAUUAUCAGACGGUGAAAGCAUCCCUACAAUGAGGUUUUUUACCAUCGCCCUGUUUGUCCGAGCAGACUCCGAGUACAACUCAGGAACGCUCUUCAGCUACAGUGUGCCUGGUGUACCACAAGACGUGAUAAUUCUCUCAUUCACUGAGUCACAGGUUAAGCUGACGAUUAAAACUGAAGUUGUGGCAGCUGAUUUCAAAUUACCAGACAAUCGUUGGAACUACGUGGGGGUAGUUUGGAACGGAACGACAGGAGAUGUUUCCGUGUACAUUAACGGCCCUGAAAUAAAAAGGGCCAGGAACAUUCUCAAAGGUGAGAUUUUAUUGAAUCCUUUGAAAUCUUAUCACUUUAUCAAUCUAUUCCAGCCAAACUUAACCACAAAAGAUCAAUCAGAUAUAAUAAUAGUAUUCUGAACGUUUUAAGAGCUGAUCGCUAAAUCGAUAGCCUGAACUGUACUGCGAAUUGUCCAUGAUAACACUGAAAUCAACGAUCAAAAUCACGAGUUCAAUUUUACUGUAAAAUUCCAGGUGGCACCAUCACUGGAGGGGGAUGGAUGGUUCUUGGCCAGGAGUUCCUCGCUGAAAAACAAGCGUCCUCGUUAUCGAAUGCUUUUGUUGGUACAUUACAUCAAGUCAGUUUUUGGGAUGUGCCUGCCACUGCUGAUCACAUGUGGAAUGCAGCACACAACUGUACUUGGCCCGUUGCUGGAAGUGUGCGAGCGUGGAGCAGUUUUCUUCAAGGAAUUGAAGGCAAAGUGCAAAAGCGAUUCAAGACGCAAUGUCAAGGUAAUCAGAGUUAGGAUCAGAAAGCGCUGCAAACGUCAAUGCCAGCUGCGAGUGAAUAAGAUUAGCGGAAUCCACGGUCCGGGAGGGAAACUAGGGUUACACAACAAUAAACACUUAAUGACUGGUCCCUGCAAGGGAAAUAAAUAAUUUUGUUUUCCUACAAUUCAGUGUUUCCCGAGGCGGAGCCAAGGGAAACAUUGAGAUUCAAGUUUCAAUGUUAGAUGUCAUGUGACCUCGAAGUAACCAAUGAGAGCGCGAGAUUAUAACAAAACCGUUUUAUGACUCCUGGGCUCAGACCUUUCACCGUUUCACCGUUUUGAGGCGGAAAGAUAUUUAAGUGUCCAGUGCAAUGAAUUUUUGACUCGUUUUUCGCUUGACCGUGCGGUAGAAUUUAGUGGACAGUUAUUUUUACCCACACCUUCAUUUUAGCCAUUAAUCUUAAUAUUUUGAAACUUUCAGCCUUGGCCAUGUGCACCACCAACUGUUCUCACUUCCUGAACUGCGAGUCUCGCCACGGAAUGUACCACUGCAACUGCGUCCCUGGAUUCUCUGGACCACAUUGCAACAUUAACAUAAAUGAAUGCAAGUCCAGUCCUUGUGUCAAUGGAAAGUGUAUAGAUGCUGUAAAUAAGUAUGAGUGCAUGUGCAACAAAGGCUACUGGGGAACAAACUGUGAAAAGAAGGUCAAUGAAGAAAGAGGUCAGUGAAAAAAGAAAAGAGAACUUAAAGGCACAUUAUCAUUAUCUUUCAGAGUUCCAAAGAUGGGCUGGUAGACUUACUGACCACCGUUUCCCAGUAGCCAAAAUGAAGGGCUUUUUUAAGACAUGUUUGUAGUAUAAAGAAAAAUGCUAUUCUCACUAACUGCCGGCGUUUGCUGCAAGAUAAGUAGUAUUUAAGCUUCUCUAGAGGAAUGUGUUUGUUUACUUCUUAUCGCCUCCACAGAAUGCCCAAGCCUUCAACAGCCUAGAAAUGGCAAGAUAUCAUGCAAAAAACGUUCCGGGAAAGAGCUCUGUACUAUAACAUGCAACGACGAUUACUCAUUCAGAUCUGAGGCAACAAUAACAUUCGGCUGUGGUCCUGACACUGACUGGAAAUGGAAUGGAAAGGUGGACAUUGACGUUCCAACCUGCACAAGUAUGUAUAUUUGUGUCAGUUGAUCUUGUCUCCUUAUAUGGAAGUGAUAUGUUUUGGCACAGAAACUCCUUCAAGAGGAAACCUACGUGUUGUGACCAUGUACAAACGAGGCUGUUUUUCUGGCAUUAAGGAGUCUUAUUACAGCUAAGAGGAACGAGGAGUAACAGUACCUUUCUGAUGCAGCUUUACCAGAAAAUAGUCGGCCAAUCCUUGAGUAAAAUAUUUACACUGUGACCCUGGUAAUUUUACAGUGCGAUUACUAUGACCAGGGCAACUUACACAAUUCAAACUAGACAGACGGCAAAUUAUAUUACUGGCUAAAAAAUAUAUAUCUAGGUGUCGCAACUGUUCACCUAAAAUGCUUGCAAUUCCACAAUUGGUUUCGGCUCCAUUAAAUCCUAUACCAGUUGCAGAACAUUUUAGAAGGAGCCACCCACCAUGUGAGCACAGUCACGGACAACACAUAUAAGUGAGGAAAAUAACGCUAAGUAAAAUUAAGACGUUAAUAAACGAACCAAAUGUACACGGCAAUAAAAUAAAUAAACAAAUAAUGCGCGUGCUCAAAAUAAAAUUGUACGCGCACACGUACCGAGAUACAACUGAAAUACAACACUAAGCAAUAAAUAAGUAAUGUAAGGAUACGAUGGUGCAAUUCAAGCCUGAAUUGCUAAUCUCAUCUCCCGCAGGGCUGCACCAUACUUCUCGACGAUAAGACCAUGGCGACUGAAGAAUUUAUUAAAUGAUUUCUGAAGUAGGUUGGUUUCAAAGUCUUGCUGUCUGAGACGAAAUGAAAGUCCACGGAGUCUAUUUAUAAAGUCAACUUUGGACGUGCAAAUUCUAGCAUAUCUCACCAGUUGAGAUAUAUAAACACCGUAAGCUGAAUUGGCGGGAAUGUUGCUGUCCAUAUGAGGAAAGCUGACAAUCCGAAAUGCAAAGUCCUCUCUCUUAUCGUAGAUGCUGAUACGAAAGGGUGUGUUGUGGCCAGUCUUGGUAUUAGUGUCGAGAUAACACACUUCAGUAAAUGAUGUGGAAGUGUCCUUAAGUUCCAAUAACGAUGGGUAAAUUGCGCUGAUGUAAUUUCCAAAGUCCACAUUGUUAACACUGAAUAAAUCGACGAUGUACCGAAAGGUGUUGCUGAAUUAGAUGGCUUUUGUAAUAUCCUGUUUCAUUGUUUUGACCAUGAAAUCGUACUCGAAGGUAUGAAGGAAGAGAUCAGCCAAUAAAGGUGCACUGUUGGUGCCCAUUGGUAUACCAAUAACCUGCCGGAAAACAGAGCUUCCGAAACGAACGUCGAUAAGAAAGUCAAUAGCGAGACAAAGCUCUCUACAGGAGAAGUACGUGUACCUCGUUGACGUCCUAUCAUUCGUCCAGAAGGUGCGAAAAUUAUUGGUAGCAAUGAAGCUCCUUCCUUUAGUAUUAAAAGUUGACAAAACGGAUUACAGCAAAAUAACAAUACAUCCCGAGAAAGUUGGUUGUGGGCCAAUCAACUGUUCGUAAAAAAACAAUAAGUUACUCGAAGCACAAAAUUUAAAUAUUGAUAGCAAACGUUUUUCAAGAAAGUAAAACACCCAGGAGACAUAUAUGUUCGACACAAGCUGUUAUUUUGUCAUCUACCGGCAAUUUCUUCGCUACCAUUGCCGGGCUUUGCAACAACAUCACGACCUCAAGUCAAAAAUGUAACUAACGUUUACGUUUUUUGCCUCCGUCAUCACUCUAAAGGAUCUCGCAGGAAAAACGGGCAUUCUUCAGCGGGUUCAAAAGAUUACGUCUGUAGGUUGUAAUUGGUUGAUUUCUAUCUAUGUUGUUUACUUCGUUUCGUGGUAAUUAUGAUUGACAACUAUCUUUCUCCGAAUGUAUUGUUAUUCUCCUGUAAUCUGAUUGGUCAACUUUGUCUAGGUGGUCCCGCCUAUUGUAGUCGCACUGUAAGAUGCAAUUCCCUGUGGUAAUAUUUCUCCACGAAAUUGACGAAUAUCUGUGAAUGAAAUCUCGUUGCCCUGUAACAAUGCACAGGGCUCCGAGGUGUAAUAACAGCUUUCAGGCAGUGAUAAACCUAACUUCUUUGUCAACAAUAGUAUUUUCCAACUUAACAAAUCAUUUUAAAAAAUGAUUUUUCUUAUCAGGCAAGGCUAAGCCAAAGAUGAUCGAACAUCACCUUUCAAUGAAGUUUACUGGAAUUGGGUGUCAGAUCAGUCUAGGUCUUAGUGAAUUUCAUUCAGCUUUGAAGCAAGAACUGGCCAACACUCUUUCAACAAUACCAGGGUGUCUCGACUCUGACGCCUGCAAGCUGACUAGAAUCUCAGUUCCCGGAUGUGGUUGGACAGCUCAUGAAAUGACAAAAAGAGCAAUCGUGGAUGAAAUGGAAGUAUUGUUUUCAUUGUUACUCAAAGCGGUCGACUCAGCUUCGAUGAUGGAUGAUGUUGACGAGAAAAGUGAAGCUGUUCUAUUUCAGAUGCAAUACGCCAUCUCCACUGGACAGUUUAUGAUCAGUUUACAAGGUGUUAACCGCACCGCAGACAGGUCUUCUUUUAAACAUCUCUCGUCUGAGAUCACAUGUAAUUCAGGAUUUGUUGAGAGCAGUGACAAGACCGGAUGUGGUAAGCAGCAAAUAAUAAACGCCAGCAUAUAUUAGUAUCAGUAUAGCGACUGCGCAACACACGAAACUAAACUCUGGUUAAGUCCGUCUGCAAAACAGCCCCGAAAUCCUUGUUCUGGUCCCCUACCUGUGCACCAGGAUUUGAAUACGCGCAUGAUUGGCCUGUUAGCAAAGGCAUUGGCAAUUUGCCAAUCAGGAUAAAAGGAAAUUCGGAACGUACUUCUAGUAAUUCGUUGAUUCCGUUGCCGGGGGCCCAGCACGAGAUGACGGCACUGCUUCGCAGACGUCACUAGGCGGGGUUAGAGUACGUCUGCGACACAGGCUGAUAUAAUUUCUUUUCAGUGUUUCAUAUGAUACUUUCUCUUUUUAUUGUAAAUUCAAAAUUGUAAAUAAACAUAGUAAUUUUGGAUUCACUUUAAAUAUCUCAAGCGCAUUUGAUCAUAUCCUCCUGUAUGUUAAUUUGCGCUAUAUAAAUAUAUACCUCUUAUUGGCUGAGUUUUCGGUCCGUACUGUAAAUGAGUUUUUUUAAAAAACGAGGAUCCAUAAUUUACAGUACCGACCGAAGAAACGAGGCUAAUAAGAUGUUUAUUAUAUGGCUUCUUCCUGUUUGGGGGCCGGAAACAAGUGCAGGCCGCACGAUUUGACAGUCAUUUGACAGGCGUCAAAAAAGAAAGUUUUUAUUGGCGCACGAAAACAAUAGCACAUAACAAAGACUUUCCAAGAAAGUAAAAACAAAUUCGCCAUGUUGAAAAAGUUUAUUCGGUCAAAACUAAGAGCACUGUAAGUUUUAGCUCUUUAAUGUAACGAUAGAGUAUUUUGGAAACCAGACACUGUGUCUGUCUAGAAGUCGUUUCCAUCUUUCCUCCGUUUGUUCUUGUAAAAAAAAAAACACUGCAAAAGGCAAAGAAGCUUUUCAAGGUAAGUUUGUUGUCAUUGUCGAAGGACUCGGUCGUUAAUUGUUUUGGGAAAACCUCUCUUUCUGCCAGUUCAUUCUCGUCUUCAACUGUGAUCUGCGUUAAAAUUUUCAAACAUUGACUAGAAUUCUCUUCCUCGGUAAGGUUACAAGUCAGUUUCUACAUCAGCCUCGUUCUUAUUAAAACAAAGCUAGGUUAAAAUUUGGAAAGGCAAAGUCAACAUCCCAGUCCUCAGGGUUUACAGACAUAUUUUAAAGUUUACUUUACUACCUUGGGUCAAAACUAAGAGCACUGUAAGUAUUCACUCGUUAAUGUGACGCUGGGGGCUUUUUUUUAUUUUUUUUUUUAUUUUUUUUUUGCCUUACAGACAUAUAUUAAAUGUUUACAGUACUAAACACUACUGAAACUAAAUACUACUAACAAUAUUCACUAUACUUGCACUAUUUACAAUAUUAGCUAUACUGACAAUACCAUCCAUACGAUGCUCGUACUACUAAUAAUUACAAUGGUUACACUACUUACAAUUCUAGUACAUCACACGCACACACACACCCACAUAAACAAAAAAAAAAACAAAAAACAAAAAAAAAAAAAAAAAAAGGUCAGAGGAGUUAUUUUUCAUGUCUAUUUUAUAGCUUUUCAAUUCUGUAUUUAAUUAUCAUUUUACCAACGAAGUCUUGGAGGAGAAUUGGUUUGUUGUGUAGUUUGUUGGCGUAGAUGUAGUAUCUCAUAAACAACAUGGUAUAAUUGAAUUUCCUUACUAGUACCUUUUCAUGUAAGUCCGAGAGGAUGCCGAACAGUCUUUCUUCGCUAGAUGGGUUGAAAUUGAUCUUGUUUUCUAUAUUGAACCAGUUGAUAACCCGUUGAAUGAAAAUCUUGACGAAAUGACAAUCUCUAAAAGUAUGAUUAAUAGAGUCUUUUUCACCACAAUAUAUACAUUCAUCAUCUUCCUUGAUUCCAUAGCGGUAAAGUUCCUUUUUGGUGACUACAAUUCGGUGGAUUAAUUUAUAUUGAAAUUCCUUUAAUUUGGUCUCUACAGACGGUUUUUAGGGAGGUGAAUAUUUUUUCCCAUUUAUCUUCAUCCAAGGAAAGAUCUUUGCUCCAUCUCUGUGGCCCAGAAUGACCUGUUGUGUGGAUUUUUGUGCAUAAUAACGUAUAGAAGUCGCUAGUCUUGAUUUUGUUCAGAUAUAGAGUUAUCGAUUCAUUUAAUUGUAGACUAAGAUUAUUAUCAGAAUAUAACUCUUUAUUAAUUGGCUUCGUUGAUUUUGCUUUGGCUAAUAGGUGCUUUGGGAUAGCGCUAAUAACUUGAUAGUAUUGAAGGAAGUUAGUUUUACAGGAAUACUUAUUCGUAAAUUCCUGAUAGGUCAUUGGUUGACCGGUAUUGUGUAAGAGAUCUUGUAUUGACAGGAUACCUUUUUUAAACCAUUCCCUGAUAAAAAAGGUUUUACUGUCAACAAGUAUUUCUUUGUUGUUGAAUAGAAUUAUAUUUUGUGCUUGAUCAAAGCUGUACAGAGUUUUUACUUCACUGAAGUAUACUAGAAUAUUUCGGUAAAACAAUGGAAUAGAUUUUAUGUAUUUCGCAUCGUAGUUACAUCUCAGUAAAAAGUUCAAACCUCCGAAUUUUCUUAGGUAAUAAUCAGGAACUGUUUUCCAAUUCUGGUUCCCUGGAGUCAGUAAUCUUGGAAUCCAGGCUAGUUUUAGAGCUUUAAACAUUAUGUCGAUGUCUACCAUACGUAUUCCGCCUCUUCCCAGAUCCUGAUAGAGCCCAGUUCGUUUAAUUUUAUCCCUUUUGUUUUUCCAUAAGAAACUAAAAAGCUUUGUUUUCACUGUGCUUGCGAUAUCUUCGGGAACAUUAAGAAUUGAAGCUGAAUAAAUUAAUUGUGACAAUCCUAGGGACUUAAUUAUCAGUACCUUCCCAAAUAGUGUGAGGUCUCUAGAUCUCCACAUAUCCAGCUUUGUUUGAAGUUUUCGUAUUUUCAGAUUAAAGUUCAAUUCAUUGUUAGUCUUGUUACCCUUCUCAUCAUAAGAGACAUGAAUUCCUAAGAGGCGAACCGGACUAUGUAACCAUUUUAGUUGUAAAGGAUUACUUUUGUUUUUUUCCCAUUUUCCCAACCAAAUUGCUUUCGAUUUCUUUAUGUUUAACUUGAGACCCGCUAGCCUCCCAAAAUCUCCCACCGUUUUCAAAGCAUUUUCAACGGAGAUCAAAUCUGCACAGAAAAGGUUUGUGUCGUCUGCGAAUUGGCUCAAUUUGAUUUCGUGCCCGAAUAUUUUGAUUCCUGUUAUACUUGGUUCUUGUCUGAUUUUGCUGGAUAAUAUCUCCGUGGAAAGCACAAAUAAGUACGGAGAAAGGGGACACCCUGUCGCACUCCUCUUGACGGUCUAAACCAGUUGGUCAUGAAACCAUUGUUUAUCGCCGCGCUCUCAAUUUUUGUAUAGAAUGUACUGAUCCAUCUUUUUAUACUUGUUCCGAAAUUGAAUAUAUCCAGUGCUUUCAUCAUGAACGACCAUUCUAGAGAAUCAAAAGCUUUCCGAAAAUCUAGAGAUACUAGAAUGCCAGGUAUGCUUUCUGACUUCGUAUGUUCCAUUAUGUCGAUUAUUAGCCUAAUAUUUUCCCCGAUAUAUCUUCCUUUGAUAAAACCGGUUUGAUCAGUGUGCACUAGAUUUGGUAAUAAUGGUUCUAUUCUCCUUGCUAUUGCCUUAGUUGCUAUCUUGCAAUCAACAUUUAGCAGUGUUACCGGUCUCCAGUUUGAAAGUUCUAGUAGCGAGCCAUCUUCUUUGGGAAUUAAAGUAAUAACGCCUCUUCGUUGUGAAAUGGUGAGUUCAUUUGCAUCAUAGGCCGCAUUGAAACUAGCAACAAGAUCGUGUCCUAGCAGAUCGAAAAAAACAUAUAAAAUUCAACCGUGAAACCAUCUUCUCCUGGAGCUUUGUUGUUUUGAAAAGUGUCUAAAGCUUUUUGCAUUCUUCAUAAGAUAAUGGACCUUCUAUUCUAUCUCUGUCUGCAUCUGAUAGUUUUGGAAUUUUUAAAUGUUCGGUGAAUUCAUCAACAUUAUUUUCCUGUGAAUUAUUUGCUGAUGCGUACAAUUCACUAUAAUAGUUUUCGAUAGCUUCUAAUAUCUGAGACUCGUUGUUUGUUCCUGUUUCACUUUCUGUUCGCAGUUCAGUGAUGGUUUUCCUGUUGUAGUUUCUUUUCUCCAGAUUGAAAAAGUACUUUGUUGGACGUUCGCCCUUUUCGACCCAGCGACAUUUCGAUCUAAAAAUAGCUGCCCUCCCUUUCUCCUCGUAAAUAGAUUGGAGUUCCAUUUUGAGAUCUUCAUAUUCAUUUAGGAUGUGCGCGAUAUUGGGAGAGUUAAAGUUGUCGCAAAUAUUGCGGUCCAGAAUUUCGAGCUGUCUCCUAAUUUCCAAUUCUCUAUUAGUGGUCGCUUUAGCUUUCUUUUUACUAUAAGCAAUGGUUGCCGCUCUGGUUUCCAUUUUUAACAUUUCCCAAAGAAGGCGUGCGUCUGCCAAAUUGGCGUAAAAAGCGCGUGUGCGGGAGUACGUUUCACGGAUUUUGGACACAUAAUGUUCAUCUUUCAGUAACGUGUUGUUGAAUUUCCAAAGUCCGGGUCCUCUAGACUUUUCAGUUGUCCAAGACAAAGAAAUGUAAAUUGCUCGGUGAUCCGGUGCUAUAGAAGGAUAAAUUUCGCUUUUCUUCACAUGUUGUGUCAGAUUUUUGGCAACUAGGAAAAAGUCUAUUCUGGAUUUCAGUUUUAACACUUUUGAUUCAUAAGAGUAUUUACGUAGCCUCGGGUGACGUAAUCUUUGAAUAUCUACGAGAUCGAAAGCGUCCAUAGUUGUCAAAAUCAGGUUUCGAUAAUUUGUUGGUUUCAAAUUGUGCCACCAAUUUUAUCUAUCUUUGAUAGUGUGCUAUUCCAGUCGCCUCCUACAAUAAGCGUGGAAAUUUCUGACUUGUCGAUAAGGCAAUUGUUUAAGUUUUGUAAGAAAUCUAAUUGUUCACUUUGGCUAUUCGGGGCAUAAAUAUUCACCAGUGAUAAUUUUAGAGAAUUCAGAACACAAGUAAUUAGCACGAUUCUUCCAGCCUUGUCACUGAAUGAGUAAUCGAUCUUAUUUUGUACCGUAGGGUGUAAAAGAAUGCAAACACCUUUACUAUGCCUGGAUCCGUGAGAGAAAAAUAUUUCACCUCCCCAUUCGUUUUUCCAAAUAAUUUCAUCGUCUGGUUGAGAGUAAGUUUCUUGCAAGAAAUAAAUUUUUGAGUUAUGAUCUUUGAGAUAUAGAAAAAUGCUCCUCCGUUUGGCUUGAUCUCUUAUUCCCCUUACGUUUAGAGAAAGUAUAUCGUAUUUUGCUUUCUCUUGCAUUACAAUAAAAAACAAAACAAAAAACAAAAAAACAAGAAGAAUAUAUAUGCAAAUUUAAAAAAAAAAAAAAAUACAGAAGCAAACAAAACUAAAAUUAUGCAAAACGUAAAUUAAAGUAGUUUUUGAGCGUUUCCCUUCUUCUUCUCCGAACUUUGCGUUUUUUGUUCCUGUCCCAAAUGUAAGUUACAGUGUUUGUCUUCCUUGGCCAGACGAUUGGACAUUUAAAGAUAAUCUAAGUCUUCCAGCUCGUUAAUUCUGACCGGCUUACCCUGCGGAGAGGUCUUGACAUAUAUUGAUCCAUCCAUUGACCAGACACUCAACAAUUCAUCAUUUCUCCGCAUCUCGUUUGCCCGAUUCAUUAUUUUUUUCCUGUACGAGGUAAGAUUCUCGUUUAAAAAAAUUCUGUCGGCUUGCACUAGAGUUGAUGACGAGCACUGCAGGAAGAUGUUAGAAACUCUGACAUUUUUUAGCUUAGCCCUAGCCCUGUAUAGAUUUGUUUUGACCUUGUGGCUUAUAAAUUUUACAAUAAUUGGUUUGUUACCCUUCCUGUUCAGCUUGUGACAUAUUUCGAUAUCCUUUGGUUCCACCGAUACAUCUAGGGCCUCCGCUAAUUUUAACACCACGUCUUCCGUCUCGGUGUAGGCGCUUUCUGGUACACCAUGUAUUUCUAUUGAGUUUUUCCUCUUGUAUUGUUCUAGUUUGUCUUGAAGAUCGUACAAUUCACCAAUUUCUUCUUCCUGCUCUUGAAUUUUCUUUCUUGCUGCCACCAGCCCGCGUUCUACCUCGUUGUACUGCUUCGUUAUAUGUUCUAGAGAUGAUUUCAACGCAGUUAUAUCGUCUGUUUGGUGUUGAAUUGUGCGCUUGAGAUCGGUCAUUUCGCUUCUGAUUGUUUUGUUUUCGCGUAGGAUAGUUGCAGUAUUUAUUUGAAUGUCUACCAACAUCUCCCUUAGUUCUGCAUUACUGGGCUCACCUUCGGCGUUUAUUGCUUCAUUUGUCGCUUCCACUAACUCCGCGGCCUCUUCCUCUUGACAUUCCGCCAUGUUGGCUCUUUUAAGUGUCGAUGGUUCUUCUUCUUCCACUGAUCCUCGAGCUCCUCGUUUGUGUUUUCCUCCUAAUUUCUGCAUUUAAUACUUCCGCAAGUGUUUAAACGUUGAAUUAUUAUGUCAAGGCGGUAUAAAGUUCUCUAAAAUUGGCGUAAAGGGACAGAAACUACGCUCCUCACAAAACGUGCCACCGCACACCGACCCCACGCAUGCUCUGCUGGGGGCUUUUGAAAACUAAACAUUGUGUCUGGCUCGAACUUGCUUCUAUCUUUCUUUCGUUGGUCUUUGAAAAACCACUGCAAAUGGCAAAGAAGCUUGUCAAGAUGAUCGGGUGCAGGUAUGUUUGUUAUCAUAUUUGUCGAAGAAAUUACUCAUUUUCUCUUAGGCAAAACAUCUCGAAUCUCUGCUAGUCGAUUUUCGUCUUCUUAACUGUGUACUACGAUAAAAUUUUCAAACACUGACUAGAAUCCUCUUCGAUAAGAUUAGGAGUUAGUUUCUUCAUCGCCUUCGUUCCCAGUUUAAAAUGUUGAAGGCCAAAGUCAACAUCCAAGUCCUCAAGGUUCACAGGCGGUCUUAUAACUUUAUCUAAACCUUUUUUCCGAGGAAAAGAGAUUUAGAGAUUUAUUAUUAUUAUAUCAGUGUGGCAUAAAACAAUUGGAGAUCUGAGUUUUAAGCAAAACGCGUGUUACCUUUUGUUCUUCAAUAGUUGCCUGUCCUGUGGGAACGUUCUUCCACCAAGAAUCUUCCAACUGUACAGCCUGCUCCAAAGGCACGUAUCAAGAUAAAGAAGGACACAGUAGCUGCAAACUUUGCAGCGAUGGAGAGACAACGGACAAAAAGGGAGCUGAAUCAGCAAAUGACUGUGAGCCAAGUAAGAAUAGAUAA